GGAGACAAAGGUGGCAGAGUGGUUAUAUUUCAAAGGGAACAAGAGAAUAAAAGCCGUCCUCAUUCUAGGGGAGAAUAUAAUGUUUACAGUACCUUUCAGAGUCAUGAACCUGAGUUUGACUACUUGAAAAGUCUAGAAAUUGAGGAAAAAAUUAAUAAAAUUAGGUGGUUACCACAACAGAAUGCUGCUCAUUUCCUGCUGUCUACAAAUGAUAAAACUAUUAAAUUAUGGAAAAUAAGUGAAAGGGAUAAAAGAGCCGAAGGUUAUAAUUUAAAAGAUGAAGAUGGAAGACUUAGGGAUCCUUUCAGAAUCACAGCACUACGGGUGCCAAUAUUGAAACCCAUGGACCUAAUGGUAGAAGCAAGUCCCAGAAGGAUAUUUGCAAACGCACAUACUUACCACAUAAACUCUAUUUCAGUAAAUAGUGAUCAUGAAACAUACCUUUCUGCAGAUGACCUAAGAAUUAACCUAUGGCAUUUAGAAAUCACGGAUAGAAGUUUUAAUAUUGUAGAUAUUAAGCCUGCUAACAUGGAGGAGCUGACAGAAGUGAUUACUGCUGCAGAGUUCCACCCUCAUCACUGUAACGUGUUUGUCUACAGUAGUAGCAAAGGAACUAUUCGACUCUGUGACAUGCGUUCUUCAGCCCUCUGUGAUAGGCAUUCAAAAUUUUUUGAAGAACCUGAAGAUCCUAGCAGCAGAUCAUUUUUUUCAGAAAUAAUAUCAUCGAUAUCUGAUGUAAAAUUCAGUCACAGUGGUCGAUACAUGAUGACAAGAGACUACCUUUCUGUUAAAGUGUGGGAUCUCAAUAUGGAAAACAGGCCUGUAGAGACAUAUCAAGUUCAUGAGUAUCUUCGAAGCAAGCUUUGUUCCCUUUACGAAAAUGACUGCAUCUUCGACAAAUUUGAAUGCUGCUGGAAUGGUUCUGAUAGUGCUAUCAUGACUGGAUCUUACAACAAUUUCUUUAGAAUGUUUGACCGAAACACGCGACGGGAUAUCACUCUAGAAGCAUCCAGGGAGAGCAGCAAACCUCGUGCCAUCUUAAAGCCACGUAAAGUGUGUACAGGUGGUAAAAGAAAGAAGGAUGAAAUAAGCGUUGACAGUCUGGACUUCAACAAGAAGAUUCUUCAUACGGCAUGGCAUCCCAUGGAGAACAUCAUUGCUGUAGCUGCCACCAAUAAUUUGUAUAUAUUCCAGGACAAAAUUAACUAAAGAUGACUUACUUGAGGACAGAGUCGUCGUCUUGCAUAGUUAAGCUCAGUUGUUUAUCUGUAAAAGAGAAGGCCUUGUUGUCCUACCAGUGAAGAACAUUGAUGCACUUACUUCCCUUUUAGAUAAAGGAGAGGAUCUGGCCUGGUUUUUGAGUUCAUGGUAUAGUUCUGCCUUCGGUGGGGGUAGGGAGUGUCAGUCGCUGUUUUCUGGGAGAAACCCUCUAGAGGCAGAAUUGAUGGACAGUGCUCAAUAAGGCCAAUACUCAAAACAAAUGUAUUUAUUUAAGUCUGAGCCUUCCUUUCCAGUUUAUAGACCAAAAAUUUAACACCCAAGAAGAAAAAAUUGUCAUAAAAAUGUAAUUUCUAUCUCUCGCGCUCUUUCUCUGCUGUAAUAUUUGGGCCUUUCAAAACAUAUAUUGUGCUUAAUGCCUGUAAACAUUCCUCCUCUGGCCUGUAUCUAGGCUUAAGUGUUUUUACCUUUGAGCACUUAGGUAGGUCUUGAGUUGGGUUCGUAGACAGGUUUCCAUGAAUAUUUACUCACCAACUGUAUCUAUAACCACACCUUCUGGUGUAAACCACUUAAUAAAAUAACAAACUAUAAAAAGUGUUUUUAAAUCUGAAGGUAUGUAUUCAGUCUUUUUAUUUUUUUUUUAUUGCAUGUACUGAGAUUGUGCAAAAUAAUUCUGAUGGGCAGAUUUGACAAUGUUUGCCCCAAAACAUUGAUUUCUGGCAGACUAAUACAAACUUUUUUGUGUAGUAUUUCAAAUUCUAAAUUUAGAGUUUCCAUGAAAUUGUCAUUUAGUUUAAGUUGCACUGGUUUUCUUGUAAAAAGCUAUCUGUGUACCGAGUAGGAGAUUGAAAAGGUCAGUUUAAAGACAUCCACAGCCUUAAUAGAAAGUGACCACCUUCCACAGAAGGGAAAACAACACGUUUAACAAAUUUUCUUCUUUGAAGAUAAAAAUCCAGUUUAUCUGAUGCCUCUUAAUGUUAGAUAGAGACAUACCUUAUGUGCAUUAUGUUUUUUAACCUUUUUAGUAUUUGUCAUGAAGAUAUAGUUUAUUUUAAAUAUUUGGCAUAAUAUAUUGUAUUUCACGUUGCAGUUCAAGCCAGCAAAAAAAAAAAACCUGUCUUGAUUAUGCCAAGCAGCAGCGCAGCUUACUACACUUUAGCACGUUCCGACUUUAACACCAAGAUGUCGGAAAACACUGAGGCUACGAGCUGGUGUUAACUGCGUUUGUUGUAACUCUGUUCUUGCUAACCUUUUUUUUUUUUUUUUUUUUAAGCCUUAGGUACUCCCCCCACCCCCCCAAAGAGGCCUGAAAUGUAUCAACCUUCUCUUCACCCUAGGCUAGCCUGGGUGAGAAGCUGUACCUGAAGCUGUUGCAGCACGUUUUAGUAGCAUUGAGUAGCUAGACAUUAUACUCUAUGAAAUGUGCCUGCAAGUUGGAAAUUCUUUCUGAAAAAUGAGAUCCCUUGAGCUUCCCAGAGGAAAUACAGAAGUGUGGUUUACACUCCAUUUUUCUUAAAAUGAAGGUGUAUUAUGAUUACUGAAUCAGAUUGCGUAUGCAAGAGCAAAAUGUCUCCGUUCUUAUCCUCCUGAUUAAUGUCCAUAGAGUGCCACUCUUGUUCACAGUAAGCUAAUAUUUGCUCAAAAUCACCCUUGACUUCUGGGACCAGUUCAAGAGCAUUGCACUACUCGCACUUAGAAUACCCCGAACGGUUAACUUCCAGGAGAUAGAACAUCUCAUAGGUAAAGUGUGACAGGGGUGGUAGGGUUAGUGCGUUAGAGAUACAGUGCUUGGCUUUAAUGUGUGAAAAACCCCUACGCGCGCAUUCUGAUAGGUUGUAAGCUAUGUACAAAGUACAGAUCCACUGUUCUGCAAAUAUUUCCUAAUAGUGAGGUAACUUCAGGCCUCAGUUGUUUUUGAGGAAAUAACUGGAAGAGCAGAAGUUGUCUGUACUAGAAAUUAGAG